GAUAUGCAUUUUUCAGACCGGAAGUUGGUCCACAGAAUUAACGUUCCCGCGGGAACAAGGAAACAAAAUACUUCAGCAGCCCUGGUGUGGAAGCGUCGCCUCUGCAAGUGUGACUAGGUUUGAGUAGAUCCACAUAUCCAGGAUAACGAGACGACAUGGGGCUGCUGUCUGACCCCAAUAGAAGGCAGGCUUUGAUCAAACUGCUGACCCGCCUCAAUGCUCCAAUCUGCUUCGUCUGCUACUUUGCGGGUGUUGCUUGGUUCAUGGGUCUGGCGUUUGAGCCGUUCACCCUGCGGACCUACAUGUCAGAGAACGCCAUGGGAUCCACCAUGGUGGAGGAGCGCUUCCCUGCAGGCGAGAGAGCGCUGGCUACAGGCCGAGAGUUUGCUGCUCACAAGAAGAAAGUCGGUGGGAUGCCGGUGGACUGGCUGGUGAAAACCAUGCAGGCUCGAGGGCUGGAGGUUUUCACGCAGAGCUUCUCUCGCACGCUGCCUUUUCCCGAUGAAAACACUGAAAGAUACGUUGUAAAAGGUACAAAUGUUUAUGGGAUUCUCCGAGCACCUCGAGCUCCGCGGACCGAAGCGCUGGUGCUCAGUGCUCCCUGCACUCCAGGUGAUAACAACAACCAGGCUGUGGGACUGCUGCUCGGUUUGGCCCAUUACUUCCGGAAUCAGGUUUACUGGGCCAAAGAUAUCAUCUUUCUGGUGAAUGAGCAUGAUCUGAUUGGGAUGCAGGCCUGGCUGGAGGGAUACCAUCACACCAAUGUCACAGGCAUGGACUGGUCUCCCCUGCAGGGGCGCGGUGGUUCGAUCCAGGCCGCCCUGUCUUUAGAGCUCAGCAGUGACGUGGUCACCAGCUUGGACAUCGUUCUGGAGGGUCUCAACGGGCAGCUCCCUAACCUGGACUUGGCAAACCUCUUCUAUGCCUUCUGUCAAAAGAUUGGAGUCCUGUGCACGAUCCAAGGGAAGCUGCAGAGGAACGACUGGGACAGUGCGUCGGGGUACAACCACGCGGUGCAGACCAUGAUGCUGAUGGUGAUGAAGCAGGCCAGCGGGCGGCCCUGGGGCGACCACGGCCUGUUCCUGCGCUACCACAUCGAAGCCGCCACCGUUAAGGGCGUCAACAGCUUCCGUCACUACAAAACCGACGCCACCACCAUCGGCAGGUUGCUGGAAGGAAUGUACCGGAAACUGAACAACCUUCUGGAGCGGCUGCACCAGUCCUACUUCUUCUACCUUUUACCUUCACUGUCUCACUUCGUCUCCAUCGGAUACUACAUGCCGGCCUUCGGCCUCCUCGCCGUCAUCCUGCUGCUUCGAGCUUUAGAUCUGUGGGUUCAGCUUUCGGCUCAGCCGUCUAGAACCGAGGAUGGGGUGGCUGGUACUGAACAGUCCAAUCCUGGAGUUUUGUCGGUCCUGACUCCUCUGGUCAUCAGCCACCUCACCGGGGCGGCUCUCUACAUGCUGCCCGUCCGUUUCCAGGAGGUCGCCGUUGAGCAUUUCCCCGUCUCAGAGACGGAAGCGGUCGUCCUGACAGCAAUUGCCGUCUACACAGCAGGACUGGCGUUGCCUCAUAACACACACAGACUGCUGUCAGGCGAGGGGACGGAGAUGGGAUGGAGAGUUCUCAAGCUGGUGGCUUUGUUGUACCUGGCUGUGCUGCUAGGCUGCACUGCCGUCAUCAACUUCUCCCUCGGCUUCAUCCUGGCGCUGACUUUGGUUCCUGCAGCUGCUUACGUCACUCCCCACGUACCCAAAGCUCUGUCAGCUUUCUUCUUGGUGGCCCUCAGCCCCGCUUGCACACUCCUCUUCUCAGUCUUUUUCUUUCAAGAGCUGCAGGAAAUGCCGGUUAGCUUCCAGGACGGCUGGUUGCUGUACCUGUCAGUCAUAGCGCAGGGAAUGCUGGACCACUAUCUGUACGGAUCUCUGGUGUUCCCGCUCGUCGCCUUGUUAGUGUAUCCCUGCUGGCUGCUUUUCUGGAACAUCCUCUUCUGGAAGUAGCACGUGGGGAAACUUUCAGAAUAAAAGUUUGAUCAGAGGGAACCUGAGGUUCCUCUGUACUAAAGCAACGUGAGGAACUAGUAUUAAAUCAACUGGAUACCGAAGAACUGCUCUUCAAAGAUUUUGUCAUUUUUGAGCUGAUAGUUUUUAAUUUGAAAAAAGAAAACUGUAUAUUUUAUGCUAUUUUGGGUUUUUCCUGUGAAGCUUGAGGCCUUUGGGAUUUUUACUUUGUGAUGCAAUAUGAAUGCUUUUUUUUUGUCUUUACGCAACUGUAAUAUUAGGUCUCCAGCUGUUUGUUUGACUCCUUUAACAUCAGCUCUCCAACUGUUUUUAUACUUGUUUUGAUAAAUUUCUUUUAAAAGGUGUUUGUUAUAUUUAUUACUUCCUGAAUAAAAGACUAAAAGUUGGA